GUGAAGUUAUUUGGGCUAAGUUCUCAUCAUUUUUAAGUCAUGUGGUUAAUGAGCACAAAAAUCUUGAGAAUCCGUUGUUCAACAAAUGUGGGCAUAAAGAGACAAUUGAGCCACGGAAAUGGUUAGAUAAAGAUUCAGUUGCCUAUGAGAAAAUGCAGUCAUCUCUUACUAACAAAAGGCUGAUAAAAGGAAUAAAGCAUGCAUCUCCAAUGGACCAAACAAGUUGCCUAGAAGGAUUCCAUUCUGUGCUGAACCAAUUCUCUCCCAAGAUGAUAGGCUAUACCUACAGAGGAAUGUUUUGCAGACAUGCAUUAGCAGUCAUGCACUUUAAUCAGAAUCUGUCUCGGGAAGCAAGAUUGAAAAAUGGUGUUGAACAAUACAAUGUUGUUUAUCCCAAGUUCAUGAAUGGGGAAGCAGUUGUCAGAAAAGUUCCAGUAAAGCAAAACUUUGAUUAUGUGGAUAAAAUAUAUCAAACCAUGUUAGAGGCUAUUGCGAAUAAAAAACUGGAAGAUGCAAUAGAUGACCUAAACGAAAAAACACCACCACCCAUGAAUACCAUGCUAAGUAAGCAGUCAAGAGAAGAAGCAAUACAAAAAAAGAAAACAAGGGAUGCAAUGCAACUUUCUGAUGUUCCUCCAACAAACCCAGUUCCCACUGUUGAAGUUGGAACCCAAAGUCAUGCUUUAAAACAAAGAAAUGCACCAAAAUGUAGGCUGUGCAAGCAGCCAAUGAAAGGUCACAAAAAUGUUGUUGACUGUCCAAAAAAUAAAAAAGAUUAACAAUAUUUUUAUUUGCAUUUGUUCAUA